AUGCUGACCCCCACUAAACUCCGCUCAUUGUCGUACGCAGUCGUGUCACCAAUAGAAAAGGGUGUCUGUUUGCGGAGUGCGGGUUUAUUUCACCACCAUGAAACCAACGCCUUUGCGAGCCUUGCGACACGCACUGGAGAGCGCCUGCACUUCGGUGUCGGUCCACUGCACGCUAAGGUUGUCCCAGUUCUUUGUCGCAAACUCGCGCCGGUGCGUCUGCUGCAUGGUUUGCAGGCGUCGGAUCUCCCGAGGGUCGCCUGUACCACUGUACACGAUGAAGGCGGUGCAAGGUGGCAAAGCGUCAUAGAUCUUGACUAUGCGUUCGACCGUUUGGGAAACCACAUGGCCAAGUGCUGCACCAGUGACCUCCACAUCGGCCUGCUUUUGCUCUGUCUCUGAUGCAGUUGCUGCUCCCUCUUCUUGAUUUCCUGCAGAUGACAAGCCUAAUCGCGCCAGCGCUGCCUGACGCAUGACUUCGACGUCUUCGGAUGUCCGCCCAUCGUCCCACCAACCCCUCGCCAACUCCAGUUCCCGAAGGCGCCCCCACACAAAGUCAAUAUGUUCAGAGGUACCUUCUUUGCCCUGGGCUUGUCCUGAUAGGGCAUGCUCAAUGCCUUGAACUAUGUCGGAAUCGCUCUGGCAUCCAAUUGACACUUGUGCAUGGGCGCCAUGUCCGCGGUUGGGAUCACCCCAAUCGACUACUGCACCUGCGCGUGUGCCACCACUUGAUUGCGGUCGAUUCGAUCGUCCAAUCCUCUUGAAAAUAGAUUCAGCGUUCGUCUCGUUGGUGCCCCACGCAGGACCACGUUCGCAUUUCUGCUUGACUAGGUUCAAAGCCGUGCGAGCAUCUUCGAUACUGUCGUGGCCGCUGGUUCCCUUCUGAAUGUCUUUCUGUAAGAACUUUUGAGCGAGCCAUUUCAGUGAUUGCUUAUAGGGUGGUCCUCGAGCGUGUGGAAAGAGGAUUCCGGUAUCAAUCACAAACGGCUCUUGUUGAAUGUCUCGGAGGGUGGUGGUGACGUCUUCAAGCAUGGCUGCUGUAAUGCCGGAAUACUGGGUAAGGUAGUCUUUGAUGGGAGCAUCAGGCUUGACCAACUUAUCCAUGACCACGGUAUCAUCCCAAUCUAGAAUACUGAUGCGGGUCAACACAAAUUCGUCGUCUUCGGAUUUGCACAUCUCGCAAUCUACGGCUAGAACACGUCUGCCUGCAGUAAUACUGCCAGCCUCUGUUUCAUCAGAAGGUACUUCGCCAUCGUCGAGGGAUGUUACAUUGGUGUCGACCCAACCAUGCUCCGAGGUCUGACGAGCAGUCUCACGGUCUUUGUACGCGCUUGCCUUGGCUUCUGGACUCGAGAACCAAGCAGGAUGAAUGACAUAUUCGUUUUCCUGCUGCUCUGGAAAGCUGGCAAUGUAUUCUGUGAUUGGUGUACGCUUGUUCUCCCAGUGUUGUGCGUUUUGUGGGAGAGGACCUUUAUGAUUGCCGCUCUUUUUGAGCUGUUUCUCUUCCUUGCUCUUUGGGAUUUGCGACGUCAACAUUGUGUGUAUUGGUGAAUGAACUCUGAAAUAUUGGUCCCCACGAUAAUCGGCUGGAGCCCUGAUAGGCCAUACAUCAGGGAAGAUCUCAGAUAAGGGCCGUAAUGCAGCAGGCAUCUUUUCAGUCUUCAGCUUGAUAGGGUAAUAAUCAUCUGGAUCUACCGUCAAGCGUUUGGGCUUUUCGUUUUCGUCUCCGGCAGUGCUUUUGGGCUCGUCACCAACUGAGUCGUUGGCGUCAAUGGGUAUCUUUCCGGAGAACAUGUCCAGCUCAAGGCCAGGUACCAUGAGCAUUACCACACGACGAAUGCUUCCCUUGUUCCGUAUAGCUACCCACUGAGGAGCAACGCCUUCGGCGAGCACGUACAACGCCAAAACCUGCAAGUCCGUGAUCUUGAUAAAAUUUUGUAUACGAGCUUGAGGCGAAUGCUCAAUCGCAGGGUAAUUCCGUUCAAGCUUGCGCUCUUUACGACGUGCCUCUCUCUCGCUUUGGCGACUUGUUUUUGAUGUAUUUGGGUCAGAGGGUGCAUCCGUCUCCGCAUCCUUUUCACCACUGCUAAAGGGAUUACUCGAGCGCGCAGAUUCUUUGGAGUCGGUUUUCGAAGCGAAUGGGUUCUCGAAAGCAGCAGAUGCGUUGGGAGCUGCCUCAACUGGCUCUACGUCGGAGGAAUCAGCGCGACGAGAUCUCGGCGGUGAAUUUCUACGGCGCGUAUCUUUGCUCCGCCUGUGAUGAUGAUUUUGGUGAUCAUUGUGAUUCCGUCUCCUCUUCGGGCCAACGACAGUCCAGCCCUCAGUAUCAUGGUCGGCUGCUUUGGUCGAUUCGGCGUUUGCGCCCUCGGGGUUCUUUAGAUGCGCAAGAGUCGCGCCUAAGCCGAAGUCGGCAGGCUCGUUUUCCACGAUGUCUCUCUUCCUUUUAGCCAUUGUCAGUAUGUUGUCUUGUUGUGGGGGACGAGGCUGUGAGUCGCGCGGUCACAAUUGUUUGCGUAGGCGUGAAGCUUGUACCCAGAAAAUCUCGCUUAUA